AUGACCGAAGUACUAGCACAGUCUUUGGAGACCGCACAAGAGUACGGCAAAUUGGUGUUCCUGGACAAGGAUGGUGAGCGAGCACAGGAGUACCCCAUCAACAAGAACCUGGUGGUCCUUGGAAGAGACAAGGCAUGUGACAUUGUCAUCACUCGGAGGGAGGUGUCAAGACAUCAUGCACAGCUGGCAGUGGAUGACGCGGGCGCUGUCUGGCUCUCAAGUCUGGGCCGGGAGCCUGUCAGCGUGAAUGGAAAGCCUGCCACAGAAGCUGUGGAGCUAUUCACAGGCGACCAGAUUGAGAUUUUCCUGGAGGGCAGGGUCAAAGUGCUCUGCUUUGAGGCCGAGGAUGCCACCAUCAAGAUCAACAAGGCGGGCCCCACACCACGCAAGCCGCUGGGGGACGCCAAUCAGAACACAGGUGUGCUUGCGCCGGUCCCGGCCGCCGCUGCAGUGAAGCCGUCGCCGGCCAGCGCCAGCCGGGGCCGCCGCACGCCUGCCAAGCGCGCCGCCGGGCCGGCCCCGCCGCCGCCGGCUCCGCCGAUGCCUCCAAAGGGCUCCCUCCUGCCAGGUUGCAAGGCAGCGAAUGCAGGGAGCAGGAUCCCCAAGCCGCCGCCUCUUCCCAAGCCUGCAGACCUCAGAAAUGGGCUCAAGAUGGCUGCAGCAGCAGAGGAUAUCGGCCGCCAGACACAGCAGGCAGUGAGCAAGGCGGAGGCGCCUCAGCCUCAGAAACCGACAGCGCCAGGCACCUUCCUCCCAAGCGCCAAUGAGCUGCUGGCCCUUCGCGCAGGCCUGCGCAAGACCGGAGCUGCGGCAGGUCCAGAGGCAGCUGCCGGCGAGCAAGCAGCUGCCCCUGCUGCGCCACCGGCCGGCGGAAGAGACGGCACCGCCAAGAAGCGCAAGAGCGUGCGAUUCAACAUCCCCGCCAAGGAGCCGACCUCGCCAGAGGGGGUGCCCACCGACGCGACAGUGGCGCUGGACUUCGGAUCGCCGUCAAGCCCCGACGUGAUCAUCAAUGUGAACGCGGACUCUACGGCCGCCUUCUCUGCGUGGGCCAUGGGAUCGAGCGCGCUGUCCGGCGGCGGCCGCCGCUCCCUGGGAGACACCCUCACCGGCGGCCUGCCCAGCAUCCUGGAAGAGGCCCCCGAGGACUGCGCCGCCUCGCCGCCCCCUGCCACGCAGGCGCGCACCCCUGUGACGCCCAGCCGAGAGAUCACGCCGAUGCUGCGCCGCCGCUCCGGCCGCACCUCAUCGAUCACAUGCUCCAGCCCGGAAUCGGUGGGCCGCAAGAGACGUUCCUGCAGCGGCUCGCGCAACGGCACGCCGGCGUCCAAGGGCUGCCCCAUGACGGCCGACCCUGAAGUCGCCGCGGCAGCCGCCGAGGAAGCUGCGCUUGAUGCGUCCCUGGCCGCCGCAGAAGCCGUCGCUGCCGGCAACGGCCAAUCUCAGGAGGACAGCACGGUGGCCACGCUGGCGGCGGCUGCAGCGCAGCUGGAGGGAGUGUCCGAGGAGGCAGUGGCGAAAGAUGUGACAGAGCAGCAGGAGCUGCUGCCAGAGGGGGAGGCCCCAGAGGGAACACCUCAGACCGCCGCACCGGCAAAACUGCAGCGGCUGGACUCCCCGGCAACGCCGUGGGUGCCGCAGAUCGGCCUGGAGGCGGCCGCCGUCGCCGCGGCGCUGGCCGCCUCGCGCAGCGCGACCCCGGCCAGCGUGCCCGGCUCCCCCGCCGCCGCGCGCGCCACCCCCGGCCGCAGGGGCAGAAGCAGUGCCUCGGGCAGGAAAUCGCGCAUGUCACUGGUGGCGACGGCAGUGCAGCCGGACGGCACUCCAACAGGGCCUCUGCCGGAGGACACAUCAGCCGCGAUCGACGUGACAGAGGUGCUGACUCAGCAGCUGUCCGCCGCCAAGACUGGCACCAAGGCCCCCAUCAACACCCCUGUCGACGCUACAGGCAUGCCAUCCUUUGCCACACUGGACAUGGAGGGCGUUGCGCUGCGUCUGGCCGGCAUCGAGGCGACCCGCAAGGCGCCGGUGUGCGCACUUGACAGCCCUGCUCCCCAGGCAGCGCCCGAUACAGCCACACCCGCCCACCCAACCCCCCUGCCGGUGGCAGAAGCUGCCGGGGCAGUUGCGGCGGCGGCGGCGGCUGACGUGGUCAUGCAGCACCGCGGCUUGCAGGCGGAUGCUGCCGACAUGGCCGCCAUGAAGGAGGAGCUGGAGGCAGCUAUCAUUCGUGCACACGCCCAACAAGUCAGGGCUCAGGCGCUGGAGGCACAGCUGGCAGAGGCGACAGCGCUGGCGGCCAGGCUGCACCAGACCAACGAGGAAUUGUCGGCGCGCCUGCAGUUGCUGGAGCAGCAGCAGGCAGCACUUGUUAUUGCACCCCAGGAGACUGCCGCCCAGGCCAUGGAGAUCGAUGUUCCUGAGCAAGCUGCCCCAAAUGCUGACGAAGACGAUACUACCAUGGUGAAGGAGGCGGAGCCCACGGAGGUUCCAGCUAUCUUGAGCCCUCAGGCCGCCACACCGGUGGCAGUGGCAGCACCUGCAGAGCUGCAGCCCUCCGCAGCCAAGACCGCCACGAAGACCGUCAACACACCCUCCGCAGCAGCCGGCACGCCUCUCACCGGCAGCGCAGUUGCCGUCACCGCCAACCUUGGCAGCCAAUCGGUGGACGAUAAGACGCCAGCUGGCACCGCUACAUUACCUGCUGACGUCAUCGUCGGCCGGACACCGACGGGCGCACCCUCCGCAGCCGCCACCAGUGCCUACGGCAGCGCGCCAAGUGUCCGGGCCGGCCGGCCGAGCAUCGCCGGCUCCUUGGCACAGCUGGAGUUUGAGGGGCUGAGCCAGGCGCUGAGCCAGGGGUCGCUGGAGUGGGUGGAUGGCCUCAUCCUGCCGCCAGGCAGCUCCCAGGAGGCAGCACCCGCCCCUGCCGCGGAAACGCCCGCUGAAGGUCAAGACAAAGCAGCACCGGUGGCACCAGCCCCGGACAUGCCGCACGGCCCACUUCUGCCGCAGCGCGCAGCCGUCGACCAGGCACCUGUGCAGGAAGUCCAGCCAGCUGCUGCGGAGCCAGAAGCGCCGAGCGCUGACGUCGAGACAGCGGAACCCGAGGAGGAAGCGAAUGGAGAUGUGGCAGAAGAGGCCACGGAGGCACUUGCGGAGGCCGCGCAGCAGGAGCCAGACGCACAGGAGGCGCCCGAAGAGUCAAUUCCCGAGCCAGCUUCCAAAAAUGCAGAUGCCGCCGAGCCUGCAGCUGACGAAGAUCUCUCACCGGUGUCCGGCGGCCGCGGGGCCGCCGCGGCCGAGAAAGCUCCCGCGGCGUCUGCCGAGAAGGUGCAGGACGCGGCUGCCGAGGCGGCGGAGGGAGAUGAAGAGGCACAAGCAGAUGAAGAAGACGACGAUGAUAUCUGCCACGUGUGCGGUGAGGCGGAUGAGGGCGAUGUGCUGCUGCUGUGUGACGGCUGCGACAACGCCUGCCACCUCGGCUGCGCGCGGCCCGUGCUGCGCCGCAUCCCCAAGAACGACUGGUUCUGCUCGGAGUGCAAAGCGGCUCGCGGCGCAUCCAAAACAGCCAAGCGCAAGGCCCAGCAAGCUGAGGAGGAGGACGCCGUUGCCGAGGCCGCGAAGCCAUCCAAGACCCCCCGCAGGCACGCCCUGCCUCCCUUGUCUGAGACCAAGGAGGAGCCGGCGGCUGAGGAGGCCAUGGACGGCGGCAAGGAUGACAGAUCUGCCGCGCCUGAAGAGGCACAGUCGCAGUCUGGCAGGAGCACGCGGCGCUCCUCUGUUGCCGUGCAGCCCGCUCUAGAGCCGGCGGCGUCCCGGCCGGCGCGCGGCCGCAGGGCGUCCCUCGCUGGUGCCGCAGAAGACAACACAGCCAAUGAGGUACAGGCCAGCGCUGCGGUGGCAGAUGUCAAAGCGCCAGGCUCGGCAGUGACUCAGGCGCGCACGACACGGCGGCGCGCAUCGCUGGCGCAGACACCGGCCGCCGCGCAGCCGGCCGAGGCGGCCGCCGCGCCCCGGACGGCCGCCUCCACCCGCGGCGCGCGCCGCAACUCGGUGUCACCCGCGAUCGACGCCGCUCCGCAGCAGGAGUUGGCGGCCGCGGUGCCGCGCAUGGGCCCGGCCAAACGGAUGACACUGGCGUCGGUGGAGGCGUCGUUGGGCCCUGCUCUGGGCUCGCUGGGCGUCAUUGAGGAGGCCGACGAGGAGAUGGGCUCCGACGCGGACGAGGGCGAAUCCGCGCCCGCUCCCCUGCCCAAAGCCAAGCCCGCCCCUGCCCGGGCCGCCAGGAGCAGGAAGGCGCUGCAGGACAAGACCAACCAGGAGGCGCCCCAACCUGCCACCCGCCGCACCAGGGCUGCCGCCGCAGGGCCUGCCAAGAAAGCGAGGACUGCGUCGCCCGCCGCCAGUCCCCCCAAGACCAGACGCUCCACCCGAGCUCGAAGCUGAGAUGGACCAAGAUGCAUGACAAGUCGAGACUGCUGAUGAGGAAUUACACACCAGUCUUUGCUUUGAGGGAGAGCUGCUGACGCACCCAAGACAGCCAAGCACUCCAUGUUUGAGAAGACGGACCCCAAGAUGACCUGACUCUGGCUGUGCAGCAAUUGUUGCGUGCUGCUGAAUAACGAAGCGGCCGAAAGCAUGCUGAACAUUGAACCAUUGAGGGGUUAUAAAGUUCACGUCAAGACUGCAAGACACGUGCAAAGCUAUGCCUUAACCAAGCAUGGCAUUGAGACAUUUGAGAACAGUCAUCCAAGACUGCAGGGUAAAUAGGGUUCUGAAAAGCCUGGCUACAGUGUCAGCCUGGAGCCUGAUAGAAAGUGUACACAUGUGCAUGGCUUUCAAAAGUCAGAAUUAUAUCUGUUCAGAGCUGUCACUUCGAUCUAAGUCGGUCCGGACAUUUGAACAACUGCGUGCAGACUUAGGUGAAACGUGUAAGUCAAGCGUUUACAGCACGAAUGUGACACAUACUGCAAGGC